AUGUUGCAACAAGAUGGGAGUAAUGUGAAAACUGAGAUAGUGGACAUCUACAUGGAUACAAUUACGGUGAAACUUUCUUUCGGUGGGGACUAUUGGUUUCUCACAGGUAUCUAUGCUAGUCCAAUUUAUUCUCAAAGACAGGAACAAUGGCACUACUUAAGAACUCUUCAGUCUGAUCUAAAUGGUCUGUGGUUCCUUUUUGGGGAAUUUAAUGAAAUCAUACAUCCUAGUGAACAGAGGGGAGGCCAUUUCAAUCAGACUCGGGCUGAUUUACUGUUGCGAACAAUGGAUGAUUGUAAUUUAUUGGAUGUCGCUACAACCGGUGGUAAAUUUACUUGGGCUCGUAAUUGUGCUGGGCAAAGGAGAGUUGCGAAGAGACUUGAUAGAGGUGUGGCUAAUCUGAAUUGGCGCCUAGCUUUUCCUGAAGCAUAUGUUGAGAUUCUUUGCAAAUUCCAUUCGGACCACAAUUCUUUGUUACUACGUACUGCGUGUCGCACUCCUACGAUAGGUCCGAGGCAAUUCAGAUUUGAGGCAGCUUGGAUUACUCAUCUUGACAAUCAAAAUAUUGUUCAACAAGCUUGGGAUGCUAAACGACCUUGCCCAAUAGCGGCUUUAACUCAGGUUCGAGAUGACUCAAUUACUUUUAAUGCUGGCGUUUUUGGGAGUAUAAGGAAACGAAAGGCAAUAUUGGAGAAGCGAUUAAAGGGUGUUCAAUUAUCUCUUGAAAGAGUAGAUUCUGCGAGGAUGGUCUAUUUGGAGCAAGAGUUGCGCCUUGAAUAUGAUAGAAUUCUUUGUCAGGAAGAACUUCACUGGUACCAACGGUCUAGAGAGCAGUGGAUUCAGCUGGGGGACAAGAACACAAAGUUUUUUCAUGCACAAUCUAUUAUUCGAAGGAAGCGCAACAAAAUUCAUGGCCUUCAACUCCCUAAUGGAAUUUGGUGUACGAAUGAUGUUACUUUGAGAGAGGAAGCUCGAAGUUACUUCCAACAAUUAUUUUGUAGUAACUCUCCGCCAAUUACUAGUAACACUCUUACCGAAAAUAUUGACAUCCCGCAGUUGUCACGGGAGGCGACAUAUUGUCUUCUUGAACCAGUGACGAGAAUAGAAGUAACCAAGGCCCUCAAUCAAAUGCAUGCGCAUGCGUAUAAGGCACCUGGACCGGAUGGAUUUCAAGGUAUAUUUUUUAAACAGUACUGGCAUAUAGUGGGUGAUGAUGUUACGAGACUAGUUGCAAAUGCAUUUACUACAGACAAUUUUGAUCCAGUGAUUGCUGAAACUCUCAUUGUUUUAAUCCCUAAGGCAGUGGAGCAGCGUCGUUGGAAACCCAUGUGUAUACAUCAAAAUGGGCCCUCUCUAUCACACCUCUUUUUUGCGGAUGAUGUUCUGCUAUUUACGAAAACGACUGCGUCUCAAGCUUCCCUGGUCGAUGGUAUUUUAACGAAUUUUGCUCAAAGGUCUGGAUUGAAGGUGAAUGCUUUGAAAUCAAGGGCGUAUUUUUCCGCUAACACUAGGCGAAGCAAGAUUUCAACCAUGGAAGCAAUUACAGGUAUACGGUGCACAACAUCCUUGGAGAAGUAUCUCGGUUUCCCUAUGAUUCAUGGGCGUUUAGUUAAAAGUGAUUAUGAUUUUCUGGUUGAGAAAAUACAACAUAGACUCGCUUCUUGGAAGAAUAGAUUGUUGAAUAAGGCAGGCAGAUUAGCGAUGGUUCAAUCUGUCCUAACAUCCAUCCCCACUUACUAUAUGCAGGUUUCAUGGCUGCCCUCCUCUAUCUGUGAGCAAAUCGACAAAAUGUCUCAAAACUUUCUUUGGCAAGGUAACGCAGAGAGGGGAAUCCAUUUGGUGGGGUGGGACAAAAUUACUAAGCCUCGGAAGGAUGGUGGUUUGGGUAUUCGGAAGGCUAGAGAAUCGAACACAUCUAUGUUGGGUAAGUUGGUUUGGGAUGUUCACAGUAAAGCAGAUAAAUUAUGGGUUCAAUUGGUGCGACAUAAAUAUGUGGGGGACAAGUUCUUCCUUGACAUGCCAAAAGUUCAAGGUUCCCCGGUGUGGAAUUCACUUAUGAAAGCCAAAUCAGCUCUCCGGGAUGGUUUUGAGUUUCGUCUAGGUGAUGGCUCUUCUCCCUUUUGGUUUGUUCCAUGGACGAAGUUUGGAAAAUUAUUUGAUAUGGUAUUGUACGUUGAUAUCCAUGAUUUACAUUUGAAAGUGGUAGAUGUUUACCAAGGGGGGCGCUGGCAGCUGGAAAAAUUAUAUACUAUUAUGCCAAACCACGUUGUGAAUGAUAUUAAAUCUCUGUCUGUGAAUUUAAAUUCUAGCAUAGUUGAUAACUUCACCUGGAAGGGCAUAAUGGCAGGCUUGUAUAGUGUAAAAGCAGGGUACCAAUGGCUAACUAGUCAUGUCAAUUCGAAUGUAAUGCUGGCUAUUGCAGGGUCUUGGAAGUGGAUUUGGCGGGUUGCUGCACCAGAGAAGAUAAAGUUCCUCUCUUGGAAUGCUUGCCACCAGUCUCUCCCCAUGAGAGGUAUGCUUCAGCACCGCGGUAUGCUUCAUUCUGCCUCUUGUCCAAGGUGUCCUAUGGAAAAUGAGAAUAUUAUGCAUUGUUUCCGGGACUGCGUUUUUGCCAGGCAGUUAUGGUUGUCUCUUGGAUUUGAUAACAUCAAUUUUUUUUAUGGAGCAGUCGGUUUCAGCUUGGUUACGUCGGGGUAG